AUGCCAUACAAUGCAGUCCAUCCACCAGAAUGCCAUACAAUGCAGUCCAUCCACCAGAAUCCCAUACAAUUCAGUCCAUCCACCAGAAUGCCAUACAAUUCAGUCCAUCCACCAGAAUCCCAUACAAUUCAGUCCAUCCACCAGAAUCCCAUACAAUUCAGUCCAUCCACCAGAAUCCCAUACAAUUCAGUCCAUACAAUUCAGUCCAUCCACCAGAAUCCCAUACAAUUCAGUCCACCCACCAGAAUCCCAUACAAUUCAGUCCAUCCACCAGAAUGCCAUACAAUGCAGUCCAUCCACCAGAAUCCCAUACAAUUCAGUCCAUCCACCAGGAUGCCAUAUAAUUCAGUCCAUCCACCAGAAUGCCAUACAAUUCAGUCCAUCCACCAGAAUCCCAUACAAUUCAGUCCAUCCACCAGAAUCCCAUACAAUUCAGUCCAUCCACCAGAAUCCCAUACAAUUCAGUCCAUCCACCAGAAUGCCAUACAAUUCAGUCCACCCACCAGAAUCCCAUACAAUUCAGUCCAUCCACCAGAAUGCCAUAUAAUUCAGUCCAUCCACCAGAAUGCCAUACAAUUCAGUCCAUCCACCAGAAUCCCAUACAAUUCAGUCCACCCACCAGAAUCCCAUACAAUUCAGUCCAUCCACCAGAAUGCCAUACAAUUCAGUCCAUCCACCAGAAUGCCAUACAAUUCAGUCCAUCCAUCAGAAUGCCAUACAAUUCAGUCCAUCCAUCAGAAUCCCAUACAAUUCAGUCCAUCCACCAGAAUCCCAUACAAUUCAGUCCAUCCACCAGAAUCCCAUACAAUUCAGUCCAUCCACCAGAAUCCCAUACAAUUCAGUCCACCCACCAGAAUCCCAUACAAUUCAGUCCAUCCACCAGAAUGCCAUACAAUUCAGUCCAUCCACCAGAAUGCCAUACAAUUCAGUCCAUCCAUCAGAAUCCCAUACAAUUCAGUCCAUCCACCAGAAUCCCAUACAAUUCAGUCCAUCCACCAGAAUCCCAUACAAUUCAGUCCAUCCACCAGAAUGCCAUACAAUUCAGUCCAUCCAUCAGAAUCCCAUAUAAUUCAGUCCAUCCACCAGAAUCCCAUACAAUUCAGUCCAUCCACCAGAAUCCCAUACAAUUCAGUCCAUCCACCAGAAUCCCAUACAAUUCAGUCCAUCCACCAGAAUCCCAUACAAUUCAGUCCAUCCACCAGAAUCCCGUACAAUUCAGUCCACCCACCAGAAUGCCAUGUUGGUACUGUGGGUAGUGCGGCAUCGCUGUUGGAAGCAGCAGCUGCCGUGGCCCAGAUGUUCCUGCUGCUGGCAGUAUCCAGGCACAUUCCAUCAGAGCGCAUCACUGAGACAUUCUAA